UUACAUUACACAUUGAGUGGUCGAGUCGUUCGGACGUCGAUACACAGACUUCAGAACAUUACAGGUUGACAGAUGAAGAAGAAGAGGAAUUAGUGCUUAAACAACAAGCGGUACAGGGAACUGAAAUAGUGUACUACACUUCGCAGUUUUUCGCUCUGUGAGGCGACAAUUCAAAAACUGUGUUCGACCGACGGGUGACUGAUGGUGUGCAAGUUAAAAGAGUUAGCGGUGCAGCUGUUCGACGCGGGGGCGCUGCGCAUCGGAGACAUAGAGGCCAAGCUGGGGCGGAGGACCCCCAUAUACUUUGACCUCAGGGUCGUCGUAUCUCAUCCUAAGAUCGUGAAGGCGAUCUCCCAACAACUGGAAGUCCUGUCGUCCGGAGUGCAUCACGAGCUUGUGUGCGGAGUGCCGUACGCGGCGCUGCCCUUCGCCGCCGUCAUGUCCGUCAACACGGACACGCCCAUGAUCAUGAAGAGGAAGGAGACUAAACUGUACGGCACCAAGAAGAUACUAGAAGGAGUGUUCCAGAAGAAUCAGACGUGUCUCGUGGUGGAGGACGUGGUGACGUCCGGCGGCACCUUACUGGAGACGGUUAACACGCUGCGGAGCGAGGGUCUGGUGGUGACAGACGCUGUCGUGGUACUCGACAGGGAGCAGGGGGGCGUCGGCGUGCUGGAGGCGAGCGGCGUCAGGGUGCGUUCCAUGUUCACCAUAACGGAGCUGGUCUCCAUGUUGAGGGACGCCGGCAGGGUUAGCGAACAAACAGUAGACAUAAUAUCGGACCACAUUAAGGAAUGUCAGUUCGGAGCGAAAGACAACUGUGAUCCAGUCGAUACAUAAACAAUAUUAAUGAUUUGGAAUUUAUAUAUUAGUUAUUUAUGUUCGUAACACUCGUUACUAUUUGUAAGUUGAUUCAUGCGAGAUUGUAACUCAAUCCUUAAUAGUAAAAGGACAAACGAUUAAUUGAAGCUGUCCCUUUUUUAUAUUUUAUGUAAAAUAAGAAACAUUUAAGAUCGUGUUGAAUGAAUUUCAUUAUGAUAAGAUGUUACUAGUUCUUGUAUUAACUUUUAAUAAAUAAACAUAUUUAAUUGUCUAUA